AUGAAUCUUAUUCCUGCUCUGUUUCUGAUACUGAUGCUGCCAUUUAUUGUGAAUUCGUAUUAUUUUUAUCCUUUUUACGGAUAUUAUUAUCCUGUUUAUCCUGUUUAUUUUUCUUUCGGAUUCUAUUCUCCUAUGUUCAAUAGAAUGUCAACCGGAUUUCAACGUGGUGCUGAAAUAGGUGCUGCUAUUGGUGGUCUGAUAGGAAGUUUCACAGGAAAGUAA